AUGCCCACCGGAGAGGAACGUCCCAUUGCUUACGCCUCACGGACUCUGGCACCUGCUGAGAAAAAGUAUUCACAAAUCGAAAAAGAGGGGUUGGUGCUCAUCUUUGGGAGUCUACCCACCAUGGCAGCGGCCAGGAUUCAAAGAUGGGCAAUCAUCCUUUCAGCUUAUGACUACCAUAUUGAAUACUGUCCCUCAGAGAAACACAGUAAUGCAGAUGGCUUUUCACGUGUUACCCUUCCUGUCAUGACUGAUGUGGGCACAGCUGCCUUGUCAGAGUACAUUCAUGCACUAAUAGCUGAGCACUUCAAACAAGCUCCUUUGAAUGCGGACCAGGUGGCACGUAUAACACGCAGAGACAAGGUGUUAUCCAAAGUUCUGAAAUAUGUCAUGGAGGGUUGGCCAGUGGAUGUGGAUGAAAGCACCAGGGUGCAAAUUCCUGAUAGACUGAGAAAGACUGUGCUGAACGAACUGCAUGUCGGUCGUCAAGGGAUAGUAAAGAUGAAAGCUCUUGGCCGCAAGUAUGUGUGGUGGCCUAAAGUGGCUGCAGAUCUGGAGCAGGUUAGCAGAGCCUGUGAGUCGUGCCAGAUGGAGAAAAAAGCACCACGUCAGAUUCCGUUACACCCAUGGGAAUUUCCUGGUCAGAGCUGGAAAAGACUGCACAUAGAUUUUUCUGGUCCUUUUCUAGGACACACAUUUAUGAUACUAGUGGAUGCAUAUUUGAAAUGGUUGGAGGUAUUUACAAUGCCUAACCUCACCUCACAAGCUACCAUCGCAAGACUGAGGAGACUGUUUGCAGCAUACGGACUUCCGGAGCGCAUUGUCACAGACAAUGGAAUGCAAUUUACAUCUGAGGAGUUCAAAACCUUCAUGCAGCAAAAUGGCAUCCUGCAUUCAACGAGUGCUCCAGGUCAUCCUGCUACCAAUGGCUUUGCAGAAAGGUAUGUGCAGACAUUUAAAAGUGGAAUAAAGAAACUCGCACAUUUGACAAUGGACUUGGAAGAUAAGAUCUCUCUUUUCCUCAUGCAGUAUCGCACUACUCCAAACUGCACUACAGGCCAAUCGCCAGCAGAUCUUUUUCUUAACAGACAUGUGCGCACUCGCCUGGACUUUGUUCAUCCAGAUGUCACUGUCACUGUUCGCAGGAAACAAUACCUGCAAAAGUUCUAUCAUGACCAACGGGCUGUGGAGAGGUCUUUUUCUGAAAAGGAUGCAGUGUACCUCCGUAACACCACAGGAGGAGGGAACAAAUGGGUUCCAGGUGUGAUAGUAAAGCAAACCGGACCAGUGUCUUACAAGGUUCAGGGACGAGAUUCAGAUGUCACGUUCAGGAGGCACGGCGACCAGUUGUAG